AUGGCCGAAGAACAGCGAGAGAUUUCUCAUGAGAACAACGUUUCCUUGGGAUCCGCGGAAACAGCAAUACCUCUCACCAACGUUUCUAUAUCUCCGACGAAGAAGGAAGAACAAAAAACUGUAUACCUGGUCCUGUUCGGAAGAACAAUUUAUGUGGAGUCCUCUUCUUUGGAAUCCGAGGAAACGGUGAUGCCUAUUGUCGACGUUCCUAAAUCUCCGGCGAAGGAAGACUUGACGACUCAUUGCUCGUUAGACGCGGAAUCCUCGGAGAAAGGCUUCCCCGUAGAUCCCUAUAUGGGGAUUUUAGGAAACAACCCUAAUAUUAAUUCCAAUGUUACUUGUGCAGGAAACAAAGAUUUAACUGAAGAUAUUAUAAAGUUUAAGAAGAUGAGAUCUCUUUCGAAAGAGAAAAUAGUAGAGGAGAAGGGAACCAGAGUCUUGACGGAACUACCUCCCUACACAUGGACCAUCAAGAAGACACUGAAGGAAAGUGAUAUCAAUCAUCAAUGCCGACUUUUGCUGAACACAACCGAUGCCGAGAACCACAUCAUGAGACAUCUCCCUACAGAUGACCAAAAGAAAAUCCAAGAAGGCAUUGGAGUCGAUGUUAAAGCGUACGACCACGACACGUACACUGAGCACGAUAUGGUUUUCAAGAGACACGUCAAAACAUCAAAAAGCUAUGUUUUCAACGGUGGCUGGGCUAAAGCGUUUGUUGGGAGGAGAGAAUUGAAGGAAGGAGACAAGAUUGGACUCUUUUGGGGUAAUGUUGACUCUAGAAUCCACUUUAGUGUGCUUGAGAGAAAAAUCCCUAACUAG